AUGGUCUUAGCAACUUUGCAACAUAUAUCUCCUCUGGAACGUUAUGAAACAGAAAAGCCCUAUUUUUUGAAUAUUGCUGAAAACGAAAGCUCGCGCGAAGUGCCGCAGACUAAUCUGGAAUAUUCACCACAAGAUGGAAUUCGGAUCGAAAAUAUCCGGGAACGAGGAUUUCCGGCGUUCUCCCUUCAGACGAAUGGGUUUGAAAUUUUGAACUACAAAAGCGUUACCACGCUUGAAAACCCAACGGAAGACAUUGGAACCUUUUGUGAAGAGAUGGCGAGAGUCAUUAAGGUCAAAUACAACGCAGUACAUGUUUUUUGCUAUGACUAUCGUAUUCGAAAGAAUAAUACAAACAUCAUGGACUAUGAUAAGGGGGAAAAUUAUGGCAGAGAAAAUGCAGCACCGCCUGUUUUCCCUGUUCAUAUUGACCACACCGUCGAGGGAGGGCUAAAACGAAUCCGAAGGCAUUUGACCGAGCUUGAGGCAUCGAUGUAUCUCACCCCUAACUUCAAGGCCCGGAUCAUCAAUCUAUGGCGACCAUUGAGGACUCCGGUCGAAGAAUGUCCUAUCGCUAUCUGUGAUCCUCGAAGUAUUGACCCUGCCGACCUAUUAGCAGCUGAUCGCGUCACCCCCGAUUUUGCGCUCGAAGUAUACUACGUGAAAUACAACCCCAACCAAAAAUGGUUCUGGCUGCCAAAUCAAACUACGGACGAAUUUUUGGUCUUCGUUAAUUACGAUUCUGACUGUCGUUUAGAUAAGUCUCCAUGGAUGACCUGUCCACAUGCCGCAUUUGUCGAACCGGGAAGUAGUGACGGGGCUGCAUUGCGUGAAAGUGUCGAAGUGCGAUUGAUCGUUUUUACGCCAACCGAAGCCUAA